UCCUCCUUUCUUCAUUAUAAAAGCUUCAAAGGCUUUAAAACCCCAGACUAAAACAAAGACGCAAAAAAUCAUGAAGGCAAUCGUCUUCAUAUUACUUCUUUUAAGCCUUUCUGGCACUUCUUCAAUACCACUCGCCGACCGAUCCUCCAAUGAAUACUACUCGAUGACCAAAAGUGCACCGUUUAAAAACUUCUUCUAUCGAGAGUAUAAUACAGCGGCUGAACAAAUCAAAACGCCAAACUUCCAGGAAAACAGCGAAUAUGUUUAUAGCUACAAUGCUCAAGUAGAGAAUGGAAUGUUGAGUUCAGUCGAUUCAUCCGGAACAAAAGAGGAGAGUCAGCAACAAGCAAUUACUCGAAUCCAAGCACAAAUUCGAAUGUAUUUUUCAAGCGAAAGGCGUGGACAGCUUUGUAUGACUCAAUUAAAGUUUGGCCAAUUUAACGAUAUGAGGCAAAUGAAGGAAAAACAAUGUUAUGACCCAAUGGGAAUGUUUGAACCUUUGCAAAUUCCCCAAGAGACUCGUCAGAAACUCGAACUUUGCUGCCAAUUCGACUACGUCGACGGAAUGGUCACUCGAAUCCAGUUCGAGAAACAAGACGUCUCUUGGUCUAAAAACAUUAAAAGAGGAGUGCUUAACAUGCUCCAAAUGAAUUUACGCCAUAAUGAAGAGGCCCAAAAUGCAAUUGGAGAAAAUAAAAAUGUGGAUAGAUUAGCUCAGAGCUUUACAGUUCCUGAAACAACCGUUGAAGGGGAAUGCCAAACUAUCUAUACAAUUAAUAAAGGAUCAAAGCAAUGUCAAGAGAGUCAACAACCCUGCUCUUACAACGUUACAAAGUCGAUAAAUUUCAAAAAAUGUUCAAAAAUUGCUGAUUCAACAAACGGAUUCCAGACAGAACAACCUCAACUAAAAUGCAGUCAAUGCCCUAUGAAUGAGGAUGUGAAAGUAAAUGAGGAGCAUGAGGGAACAGCAGAGAAUCAAUGCGCAGAUUGCGACCCUAGAGAGAUGACUGAGCAGAUGUUGGAUCGUCAAACAGUCAUCCGCGCAGUGCUAAAAUGCGGAACGGAACAAAAACAAAAUAAUUACCCAAAUUGUUGCCAGUUGGAUAAUUCAGAAAUGACGUCAAACUAUAUUUAUAAAAAUACAAAAAUUGAGAGUGAAGGACUUUAUGGCUCUGCAUUGAAGACAAAGACAUGCGCAAAACUUGUUUUAGAAACAGUACAAAAUAUAGAAAAACCAGCCCCUCUCGCUGCUACAGCAGAAUCAGAUGAAGCAUUGCUCUACUCGAAUGAAUGGGGAAUGGAUCUUCGACGUUUCUAUAUGUUCGGAGACGAAGCCUUCCCAGAUGUCAACAGUUUGCCAUACAAAAUGCCAAAAGUUGAAGAAGCCACUCAAGCACUCCGAUCUAUCGUACAGAGCACAAUGGAUCACCAUCACGGCAUCAAAACUAAACAUACCGUUGAUCUGAGUAGAUUAGUUAAUAAAAUGAGAAUGUGUAGUUAUGAGGAGCUAAAACAAAUUGAACAAAAUGCCAAAAGUCAAGAUGGAGAGAAACAGCAAAAGGUUGCAAUGGAUGUCUUUGUUGAUUCCUUGGCUACAAGUGGAACAAGAAAUACUGUGAAGCUUUUGGCUGAAAUUAUUGAAAAUGAGGAAAUUGAUGAAAACAAAGCAGCAUUUGCCAUUAAUCAGUUGAAAAACCUUCCGAUUCCUUCCAACUCCAUUCUAAAACAAGUCAAACAACUUGCUCAAAAUGUGAAUGUACAAAACAAGCCUACGGUUAGACAAGCAGCUUGGCUAACCUUUGGUGCGUUGGUCAAUGAAUUAUGCCAACAUAAGGGCAGAAAAGCGAUGGAAUCAUCUCAGGAUGUGUCAAAAUCCGUUCAGGAGCAAUGUACUGAUGAUAAGAAGGAAGAGUACAAAAGGACAUUGUUAGAGCAGUACAGCCAAGCCACAACUUUCUACGAUAAAUUCCUUGCACUUUCUGCUUUAGGAAAUGCCGGAAUUGAUACUACAACACCUUACAUUGACCAGAUAAUUAACGACAAAUCUCAAGAUUAUCUAAUUCGAGUAAAAGCAAUUGAUGCUCUUCGCCGUCUUUUCACGAAACAGCCUCGAACUAUCCAACAAAUUCUUCUCCCAAUAUUUUUGAAUAAUCAAGAGGAUUCUUAUGUUCGUUCUAGCGCCUUGACUACUCUAUUGAGAACACAACCAGAACCUUCAGUAAUUGACCAGAUUGUUUAUUCAAUGAGACAGGAACCAAACAAACGUGUAAAGGCGAGUACUUAUCAGACAUUGAAGAUGGUGGCUGAAUCGAGAAAUCCUGUUGAUCAACAAGUGUCAAAACAUGUCAAAAACGCUUUGAAAUCCGUUAAUAUUGACAAUGAAGAAAUGAAAAAGUACAAAUUGUGGCAAAUUCCUGCUUUCUGCUCUAAGCAACAAGAGGGAGUUUUCUUCACUAUUGGUGCUAGAAAAGCUAAGCGUUGGAUGCCAAACUUUUCUUAUCUGAAAACUGACACGUACCUAAAUGAAAAAUCAAAUCUUGACUUGUUAACAGUAUAUGUUCUACAAGCUUCUGAGGGUUAUGAUAGUUAUGGAGAGACUCGUAAUUACACUGCCAAUACAAAUAAUGACCAACACAGUGAGAACAGGUAA